CCGCAAGUUUCCAACUCAGUCUGCUCUCGGAAACUGGUAGGAGCCGAGGCCCGGAAGUCCGACGCUGGUCCGUGGGCGCUUGCGCAGCGCGCGCUCCCGGGAGCUGAACCAGGGUGAGCACAGAGCUGUCAGAUACUACAGCCAUAUGAAGUUGAACAUGGCAGAAGAAGAGGACUAUAUGUCUGAUUCCUUCAUUAAUGUCCAAGAAGAUAUCAGACCAGGAUUGCCAAUGCUAAGGCAAAUCCGAGAAGCCCGUCGAAAAGAAGAAAAGCAACAGGAAGCUAAUUUGAAAAACAGGCAGAAGAGUUUAAAAGAAGAAGAACAAGAAAGACGUGACAUUGGGUUGAAGAAUGCACUAGGCUGUGAAAACAAAGGGUUUGCCUUGCUCCAAAAGAUGGGCUACAAAAGUGGACAGGCACUUGGCAAGAGUGGGGGUGGUAUUGUUGAACCGAUUCCUCUCAAUAUUAAAACAGGGAAAAGUGGCAUUGGUCAUGAGGCAUCAUUAAAACGGAAAGCAGAGGAAAAAUUAGAAAGCUACAGAAAAAAGAUUCACAUGAAAAACCAAGCUGAAGAAAAAGCUGCAGAACAGUUUCGACUGCGACUUAAAAAUAAGCAAGAUGAAAUGAAGCUAGAAGGAGAUCUCAGAAGAAGCCAGCGAGCCUGUCAACAAUUGGAUGCCCAGAAAAAUAUUCAGGUUCCCAGGGAAGCAUGGUACUGGUUGAGGCUUGAAGAGGAGACUGAAGAAGAUGAAGAAGAAAAAGAAGAGGAUGAAGAUGAAUAUAAGAGUGAAGAUUUAAGUGUACUGGAAAAAUUACAGAUAUUGACUAGUUAUUUAAGAGAAGAACAUCUGUAUUGUAUUUGGUGUGGAACAGCCUAUGAAGAUAAAGAAGACCUAUCUUCUAAUUGUCCAGGACCAACUUCUGCAGAUCAUGACUAAGAUCAUUCCCAAUAAAGUGGAAACUUGAAAAAUGUUGUUAUUUCCUAGGGAUAGACAGUUCAGCAGUUAGAAAUCCCACAUUUUUUAUGCCAGUAAAGAAAGAGGGACUUUAUAUAAUGUUUUGUUCUUUUUGUACUUUAGAAUAUGAGUGUUUACUGACUUGAAAAAAAUAAUGCAAUGCCAUUUCAGAACACAAGUAUCAUAGAGAUGGACAGUUACAAUUUAUUGCUGUAUUUUGAUACCUGAGCAGUUCAAGGACCAACAGGUACUCUCUUAUUCCCUUUUCACUUUGGAACAAAUUGCGAAAUAAGAAAUGGGAGUCAGGAAGAGAAAAAUAUCUACUUUGUCAGUGAAUAAGCUGAAAUAGAGAAGAAGGUUGACUUUUUCUCCAAUCAGACACUAAUAUUUCUCCCGGAUUGGAGAGAAUGGUGGACCUCUGCCUUGUUGGGGCAGAGCCCAUCUUUGCAUUCUGAGACCAGUUAGCUUUCAAGGUCAGGGAAACCAUCAGGGGCUGGACCGCACAUGCUUGGUUCCUUCUAGUAUCUCCCAUAGGAUAAGACAGUUCUCUGUUGGGAAGCAAUGAAUGAAGGUUCAGAGAGAUUUUUCCUACACUUUUCACUUUGAAGGAGCAAAGAGAAGUUCCCUUCCCUCCAUCCAAGCAUGAAGAGGAGGGGAAAAGUAUUCUCCUGAAUAAGACUGAUGUCAGAGGCAGUGUUCCAUCAGUACUACUAAAUUCUAAUCCAUUUUACAGACAAAAUAACUGUGAUAAUUUCUGGUAAAAUCAUGAGCUUUCGUGACAACAUUUAUAUCCAUUAUAUAUGAUCCGUUGAAGUUUUGGCUAUAGAAACUUAAGAAUUGUGAGGAAA